UCGGAAUCGAUGUUUUCAAACCUUGUACUUCCGUAAUUCGGCUUCCUGAUGAUAUGUUAAAUAGCCAGUGCAGUGGGUGCAAUCUCUGUUUGAUAGUGUUGGUCAUUCACUGUAAACUUUAAGUUAUUAUUCUCGUAAUUUGUCUGCAUCUAUCAAAAAUGAAUACGGUAUUGUCGAGGGCGAAUUCUCUCUUUGCAUUUUCUCUCAGUGUGAUGGCGGCUCUCACUUUUGGGUGCUUUGUCACCACAGCUUUUAAAGACAGGAGCGUUCCGGUUGAUAUCCAGGUUUCCAGAGUAAUGCUAAAAAAUGUAGAUGACUUCACUGGACCCAAAGAAAGAAGUGACUUGGGUUUUGUAACUUUUGAUGUUACAGCUGAUUUGAGGCCAAUCUUUGACUGGAAUGUCAAGCAACUAUUUUUGUACUUAUCAGCUGAAUAUGAAACGAAAAGCAACGCCCUGAACCAAGUGGUUUUAUGGGAUAAGAUAAUCCUUAGAGGGGAGAACACAAACCUUUCUCUAAAGGACAUGAAAUCAAAAUAUUUCUUUUUCGAUGAUGGUAAUGGUCUCCGGGGAAAUAAAAACAUCACUUUGACACUGUCCUGGAAUGUCGUGCCAAAUGCUGGAAUCCUACCUCUUGUUAUGGGUUCAGGACACAAAUCAGUUCCCUUUCCAGAUGCUUAUGAGGCAACAAAGAGCUAUUAAUUUGUCUGUGGUUUGUUCGCAACUGGUGUUCUGUCUUUUAAUAAAAGUUUACAACCUGA